CGUCAUUGUCAGCCGAAUCCAUUUUCUCUGAUAGAUGUCGUUCUCGCGCGUUGGCAUUGCAAUCUGUCUGUGGCGCUGCAUCUCUCUUACGAGUGGGCGAAAGACGCUCUUGUUAUGCGACGGGAAGCCGUGAGCUCGCCAUUCGCUCUUUCUCUUUUCUACGAGGUCAAUGUCGAACUCUACACAAAUUCCCCAGCUUGCCGACGUGGGCAUACUAGAACUUUUAGGCAACGACGAUCGACCAACCUUUGUCCUCGGACCGGCGGACUCAGACACGAAGAGACUACAGCGACCGGAGAUAGUCUUCACGAAUACAGCACUUGAUACCUUCUUGACACAACACACACGACAGGACGCCUUCACAAGUUGGUCCGUGUCGCUAGCUCUCAAGUCGAAGGAGCACACAGGAGAAUGGACAUUUGCAGGAAGAGUCUGGACCAGCACGUUGGUCGCUGAUACAUGGCUGGUUGUAUACUGUGCGCAAGCACUUCCACUGGGAGUUGCACAAACGCCUGAAAGAAUUGACGCCUCACGAAAAAGCGCUCGCGUGACCCGAGCGGGUCCUCCGACAUGGCAAAUCCUUUCUCCAUCGUCAAACGAGCCUCCUGAAAUCUUGGACUGGACGAAGUUUGACGUACCCGGCGUAUCCUCUCACAUCCGGUUUAUCAAGGACUUUGACUGGUCAUCCACACCAUUGGGACCAAUCGAAUCGUGGCCAGAUCGCCUCAGCUCUAUGGUACUGAGCAUAUGCACAAAUCCCGACCCACGAGUCAUAGUCUGGGGUGAAGAGCUUAUCAUGAUUUACAAUGAGUCUUGUGCUUUGAGACUUGGAGAGAAACAUCCUCAAGCCAUGGGAAGGAGUUGUGCUCAGAUAUAUGCGGAGAUCUGGCCACAGAUGGCCGAGCUUAUCCGUCCUGCCGUCAUGCAAGGUAAGGCGGUGAGGUCUGUGAAAGAGCUUUCAUUUCACGAGAGAAACGGUAUCCUGGAAGAAACCUACUGGAAUUUUGUCAUAUUUCCCAUCGUCGGUUCUGAAGGAUACGCGUUGGGGGCAGUUGACUCGUUGGUCGAGUUGACACGCCACGUCAUCUCUCAACGUAGAGGAGAGGUCGUAGAGAAGCUGAAAGAGCAGGUCUCAGGCAGCGGAACCAUCUCUGACAUCUGGCACCGAUGCUUAGAGUCUCUUGAGGGAUUUCCAGAGGAUGUGCCCUUCGCAUUGAUCUACUCGAACGACGAUGACAGUGCAUCCUCGACAUCUAGCUCUUGGGCAAAUUCGAUGAAGGAAUAUCGCCUACAUGGUUCAUUAGGUAUCGACCGGAACAAUGCUGCUAUCCCCACUUCUUUCGACGUAGCAGACAGAGAAUCGGUCUACGGGUUGGCAAGGGCCUGUCGCGAUGCGAUAAUUGGUAGGAAAACUGUUGUGCUGCGUCGUCAAGACAACUCCCUGCCAGCUGACCUCGCUACUGCGAUACCUGGUCGAGGCUGGGAAGAUCCUGUCGAAGCGGUAUGCGUUAUGCCAGUGGCGAACAAUGCUUCUGGUGCUUUGGCAUUCUUCAUCCUUGGACUGAAUCCCAGAAGACCGUUCAAUGAGGAAUCGUUACAGUUCGCACACAAUCUUCGCGAUGUUUUGACAAAAUCAAGUACCUUGUUAGGCCAAGCAAAGUUUGAAGAGAUACACGACAAUCUCGCCACACAAUUGAAAAUCAGCACGCUCAAGGCAGCACGCAACGAGGAUAAAUUCACUAGAAUGGCUGAAUCGGCACCUAUCGGUAUUUGUACCUUCCGGCCUGACGGGAAGCCUCUCUAUUGUAACGAUGAAUAUCUCAAUCUUGUUGGUGUACCACGAGAGUAUGACUGGAAAAAGCUCUGGGAUUCUUCUGCAACCUGGCGAAGCCAAGUCCACCCCGAAGAUAUCGAAAAGAUUAACAUUGCCUGGCGCGAGCUUUUGGAAAAGAAAAAGACAUCCGCAGUUGUCGAAUACAGAGUCCUCAGACCUUGGCGCUCAAUUGACAAAGCCACCGGUAGCGAGCUCACGGGAGAAACAUGGCUCAUGAAUAACGCAGUGACGGAGCUGGAUGAUGACGGUAACGUGGUGUACAUACAUGCCUGGUUGCAUGAAACCUCUGUCCGUCAUUACACGGAGACUCUGCUAUCAAACCGUCUGCAGGAAGCGCUUGAGACAAAGCGUGCUUCGGAAAACUUCAUCGACAUGGUAUCUCAUGAGCUUCGAAACCCGCUUAGUGCAAUUCUGCAAUCUGCUGAUGGUAUCCUUACCGCACUCGAUGAUCCAGAAGCCCGAACGAAGAACGACAACGAAAUGCUUGAUGGUAUACUCGACUCUGCCAAGACAAUUAUCUUAUGUGCUUCUCACCAGAAGUGCAUUGUCGAUGACAUCCUCUGCCUCUCCAAGCUUGACUCGAAUCUUCUUGUCAUCACGCCCGACAAGGUGUCACCACCGCAGCUGAUCGGAAGAGUGCUCAAGAUGUACGAUGGCGAACUGCAGCGAGCUUCCAUCAAGGCUAAGCUGGAGAUCGAGCAGAGCUACCACAAGAUCAUGGACUCUCACGAAUACGCCAUGCUCGAUCCCAGCCGCUUGCUGCAAGUCGUGAUUAACUUGCUCACGAAUGCUAUCAAGUUUACUCAGUUCUCUGACAAGCGUGGGCUGACGAUCUCUCUCGGCGCCUCGUAUGAAAAACCAACGGGAGCUCGCCACAAGCUAACCUUCAUCAAACCUCGUACGGUGCGUCACGAACAUUCGACCGCAUUGUCCGAAGAGUGGGGCGAAGGCAAAGACAUCUAUUUGCAGCUUGCUGUCCAGGAUACAGGUCGUGGACUCAGCGAGGAAGAGAUCAGCCUGCUUUUCCAGCGCUUCUCGCAAGCCAGUCCAAAGACUUAUAAACAGUAUGGUGGAAGCGGACUCGGCCUGUUCAUCAGCCGCGAGCUUUGUGAACUCCAGGGUGGGGCGAUCGGCGUGAGUAGUCCGGGAGUUGGUAAAGGUACGACUUUCGCCUUCUAUGUUCGUGCUCGCCGCUGCCCGCCCGAGUCGGGAGCUGUCGCCGAACCUCCAGUGGCUCUUCAACACGUCUGGAACACGCCUGUCACCGGAUCAACGGCCAUGCCGCAAGCUGCUGGCUUGGACGAUGCCAACCACACUCAUCCUCCCGCUCCCGUACGCGCGCCAUCGUCUACAGCCAUACAGUCUCAGUCCAAGCCAGUGGUGCCAGAAAGACCACUCCAUGUCCUGGUAGUCGAGGACAACUUGAUCAACCAACGCGUCAUGGCUCAACAACUACGCAAACAGAAUUGUGUCGUCCACAUCGCCAACCAUGGUCUUGAGGCUUUAUCAUUCCUCUCCACUUCCGCCUUUUCGUCGUCGACAUUACCGACCCCUCUGGAUGUGGUACUCAUGGAUCAAGAGAUGCCAGUCAUGGAUGGCAUCACUUGUGUGCGCGAAAUCCGUACUCGCCAGGCGGCCCACGAGUUCACUGGUCAUAUUCCUGUCAUCGCGGUGACUGCAAAUGCCAGGAGCGAGCAAAUCACUGUCAUGAUGCAGGCUGGUAUGGACUCAGUUGUCACAAAACCCUUCCGCAUACCAGACUUGGUGCCUCAGAUGCGAAAGCUGGUGGAAAAGACAAAUCCUUCAAGUAUGACAAAGGACGGUGCCAGCGACAAAGAUGAAAGACCCCCGAUGUCGCCUGAGCCUCAAGACUCUGGCACCGCGACUACAGAUUCGACCCGAGUGAAGGUGCAGCGAACUCCUUCGAGCUGGGAUCAGGUCGUGGGUGAUCAAGCUCUACACGAUCUCUGGUAGACCGGUGAAGUCUUUGCGUUACACCGCAUCUUGAGGAAUCUUUCGGUGUCGUCGGAUCUUUUGCGCCUCACUCUCGGCGCCCAUUCUUCUUCUUAUACAUAUAUUUACUUUCAGAUCUCAUGACAUAAUGAUGGAUUGGUGUCUGGUUCGGGUUAUCACAGCCGCAAUUCCAGGCAGCUUCACUGUGUUGUUUGAAUUCGUCGGUCGAUAGAGUCAUACGCAUACAUGUAUCAUAGAUUGAUCGCAUUUCGCACAUACAAUGU